GCCUGGCAACGUAUCCUCGUGCACCAAAAUAAAGAUGACGAACGCGAAUAUGAGGUAGUUACGCUUUUUCGCAUUUUUCUGCUUCCAGGAAUUGUGCACCUGGACUUGAAGCCCGAGAACUUUGUGAUAGUGAGGGGCAUGCUGAAGCUCAUUGACCUGGGCAUCAGCCAACGCCUGCCCGCAGACAGCACUCAUAUGGAUCUGCUGAAGCCCAUGGGCUCCAUUGUCUACAUGAGUCCCGAACAGCUCGCUUCCAUUGCCAGUAGCAACUUCCCUAACAUUGUUGGCGGAAACGAUGCAAAGCGACUCACUCAUUCAUCCACUGCCAACCAACUGAUCAGUCCAUACUUCAUUGCUGAGUUCAUCCUCCUGAUCUACCCAUCUGAAUCGUGCCGUUUGGUUCGUUGUGCUCUCGUGGAACCGUGGUGUCGAUUUAUGCGCCUUCUUCACCACAGUCGCCUUCAAUUCACUCAUUUUUGUCCCUCUGCUUCUGUCGCCUCUGUGACUUAUACCCUUCUAGGUGUUGCUUUCUGCCACGGCAGGAUACUUCUAUUUGCUUAUGUUACUGAAUUAGUUUCACCAACAAUAUGGAAUUUACCUUCAUUGGUGUUUCAGAUCCGCCUGAAAACGGACAUAUGGGCACUGGGAAUCAUCCUCUACGAGAUGCUGCAUGGCCAUUCACCCUAUUGCGGGGCUCAACAGGCCGCCAUCCUGACUGCAAUCCUCUCACCUUCCGUCCCCAUCCGUUUUCCCCAUGUUAAUAACGCCAAACUCGAUAAGGUAAGCGCAAACGCACUCUCCCACCACAAGAUCUCUGUUUCUCACGUCGCUUCCAUGGGAAAACUGAAUUGCCUCACCCCCUCCCCGAUGAAUUUAUCGCGCACACUUGCCUGA